AUGAAGUUUUCAUUGGCGAUCUCCUUUUUUAUUUUAAUGUCCUUGUUGUUUGAAGACGCUUGUUCUAAAGAAAAGUCUUCCAAGAAAGGGAAGGGGAAAAAGAAGCAGUAUCUGUGCCCAUCUCAGCAGUCAGCUGAGGACCUGGCCCGUGUGCCCCCCAACUCCACCAGCAAUAUCCUAAACAGGCUGCUGGUCAGUUAUGAUCCCAGGAUAAGACCAAACUUCAAAGGCAUUCCUGUUGAUGUAGUAGUCAACAUUUUUAUUAAUAGUUUUGGAUCCAUUCAAGAGACAACAAUGGACUAUAGAGUUAACAUUUUCUUGAGACAGAAAUGGAACGACCCCAGGCUCAAGCUCCCUAGUGACUUCAGAGGCUCAGAUGCACUGACAGUUGAUCCCACCAUGUAUAAGUGCUUGUGGAAGCCUGACUUAUUCUUUGCAAAUGAAAAAAGUGCCAAUUUUCAUGAUGUAACCCAAGAGAAUAUCCUGUUGUUUAUUUUCCGGGAUGGAGACGUCCUCGUGAGUAUGAGGUUGUCUAUUACUCUUUCAUGUCCUUUGGACUUGACGCUGUUUCCCAUGGACACACAACGCUGCAAAAUGCAACUUGAGAGCUUUGGUUAUACAACUGAUGAUUUGAGAUUCAUCUGGCAGUCAGGAGAUCCUGUUCAGUUGGAAAAAAUUGCUUUACCUCAAUUUGAUAUUAAAAAGGAGGAUAUCGAAUAUGGCAACUGUACAAAAUAUUAUAAAGGCACUGGUUACUACACUUGUGUGGAGGUCAUCUUCACCCUGAGGAGACAGGUUGGGUUCUACAUGAUGGGUGUGUAUGCACCAACCCUGCUGAUCGUGGUCCUCUCCUGGCUCUCUUUCUGGAUCAACCCUGAUGCCAGUGCUGCCAGAGUUCCUCUGGGCAUCUUCUCCGUGCUCAGCUUGGCCUCGGAGUGCACCACGCUUGCAGCGGAGCUUCCCAAAGUGUCUUAUGUGAAGGCGUUGGAUGUGUGGCUCAUUGCCUGCCUGCUCUUUGGGUUUGCCUCUCUUGUGGAGUAUGCUGUUGUCCAAGUGAUGCUGAACAAUCCCAAAAGGGUUGAAGCUGAGAAGGCCAGGAUCGCUAAGGCUGAGCAAGCGGAUGGGAAAGGUGGGAACGCAGCUAAGAAGAAUACUGUCAACGGCACGGGAACCCCUGUGCAUAUCAGCACAUUGCAGAAGCUUCCCGUGGUUUGUCAGCAGAUCCCUUACCAACUGGAUGGCUGGCCCACAGACACUCUCAGCACGCAGGUUGGUGAGACCAGAUGCAAAAAAGUUUGUACUUCCAAGUCUGAUCUGAGAUCCAAUGACUUCAGCAUUGUUGGAAGCUUACCAAGAGAUUUUGAAUUAUCCAAUUAUGACUGCUAUGGGAAACCCAUUGAAGUCAACAAUGGACUUGGGAAACCACAGGCAAAGAACAAGAAGCCUCCACCUGCCAAGCCUGUCAUCCCAACAGCAGCCAAGCGCAUCGACCUUUAUGCAAGAGCAUUAUUUCCUUUCUGCUUCUUGUUCUUCAAUGUUAUAUAUUGGUCUAUAUAUUUAUGAUAAACCAUUUCCAUUUGUAUGAAAUACAACACCAUUUCAUUGU